UUACUACUGAAAAAGAAAACACAACUUUAAGCAUGAGUAUAAAGUGAUUAUACUUAGCACCCAAGUGAAAACUACUUAUAUUACAACAAAAUCACAUUUUCUUGAUUUGAUCAGAAGUUUUAUGUGAUAAUAAUAUGAUGGAUAGUGGGGAAGUCUAUAGAGUCAGCAGUGCGCGUGUAAACAGUUUUAGCUGGAGGAACAGCGGCAGAGAUUUCUUUUCGAGAUCUUUUCAUGAAGAACAUGAUGAUGAAGAAGCGCUUAAAUGGGCUGCAAUCGAGAGACUUCCAACCAAUCUUCGAAUACAAAGAGGCAUACUCACUGAAGAAAAGGGUCAACCCAAAGAAAUCGAUAUAAAGAACCUGAGUCUGGUGGACAAAAUGAAUUUACUUGAGAGGCUCGUUAGAAUAGCUGAGCAAGACAAUGAGAAGUUCUUGUUAAAACUUAAGGAACGAAUUGACCGAGUUGGACUUCAACUUCCCACUAUCGAGAUACGGUUUGAGCAUUUGAAUGUUGAUGCAGAAGCAUAUGUUGGUGGCAGAGCAUUGCCUACUAUUUUCAACUUUGUAGUUAACAUCUUAGAGGGGUCCUUAAAUUGUUUGCAUUUUCUUCCCAACAGAAAGAAAUCAUUGCCAAUCCUUCAUGAUGUGAGUGGAAUCGUGAAGCCUGGCCGAAUGACAUUGCUCUUAGGCCCACCAAGCUCUGGGAAAACGACAUUGCUUUUAGCCUUGGCUGGAAAGCUUGGGUCAGAUUUACAUGUAUCCGGAAGAGUGACCUACAAUGGACAUGAAAUGAACGAAUUUGUUCCACAACGUACGUCUGCUUACAUAAGUCAACAUGAUUUGCAUAUCGGAGAAAUGACAGUUAGGGAAACACUAGCUUUCUCUGCCAGAUGCCAAGGAGUUGGAGCAAACUAUGAAAUGUUGGCCGACCUGGCAAGGAGAGAAAAAGAAGCAAACAUCAAGCCUGAUCCCGAUCUUGACGUCUACAUGAAAGCAGCAUCACUACAAGGACAAAAAGCCAGUGUUGUCACUGAAUAUGUUAUCAAGAUUUUAGGUCUUGAAGUCUGCGCUGAUACCAUAGUAGGAGAUGAAAUGUUCAGAGGUAUUUCUGGAGGGCAAAAGAAGCGAGUUACAACUGGUGAAAUGAUGGUUGGGCCGUCAAGAGCAUUUUUAAUGGACGAGAUAUCUACUGGUUUGGAUAGUUCAACAACGUUCCAAAUAGUGAAUUCAAUUAGGCAAUCAAUUCAUAUUCUUCAAGGAACGUCUGUUAUCUCACUCCUCCAACCCGCACCAGAAACCUACGACUUAUUUGAUGAUGUGAUACUUCUCUCAGAUGGACAAGUUGUCUAUCAAGGUCCUCGAGAAAAUGUGCUAGAGUUUUUUGAGUACAUGGGUUUCAAAUGUCCCGAGAGAAAAGCAGUUGCCGACUUUUUACAAGAAGUAACCUCAAAGAAAGACCAAGAGCAAUAUUGGGUCAGAACUAAUGAACAUUACAGUUUUGUUACGGUACAAGAAUUUGCACAAGCAUUCCAGUUGUUCCAUGUGGGGAGAAGGCUAGGAGAUGAACUUGCUGUUCCAUUUGAUAGAAGCAAAAGCCACCCUUCCGCUUUGACUAAAAAAAAAUAUGGUGUUAGCAGAAAGGAAUUGUUGAAAGCAUGCAUAUCUAGAGAAUACUUGCUAAUGAAACGGAAUUCUUUCGUUUAUAUAUUCAAGAUGACCCAGCUUAUUUUCUUGGCGACUACAUCAAUGACAUUAUUCCUACGCACCGAGAUGCAUAAGAAAACAGUACUGGAUGGAACGGUUUACAUGGGUGCUUUGUUUUUCACAUUACUAACGAUUACAUUCAAUGGAUUCUCGGAGCUUGGGUUGAGCAUUAUUAAACUUCCAGUGUUCUACAAGCAAAGAGACCUUCUUUUCUAUCCUGCUUGGAUAUACGCACUACCCACAUGGGUCCUCAAGAUACCAGUCACGUUUGUUGAAGUUGCGACUUGGGUAAUCAUGUCUUAUUAUGUCGUAGGGUAUGAUUCAGAUGUUGGAAGGUUUUUCAGACAGUUGCUUCUGCUCAUAUGUGUUCAUCAGAUGGCUUCUGCACUAUUUCGUUUCAUGGCAGCAUUAGGACGAAAUAUCAUUGUUGCCAACACAUUUGGCUCAGUCUCACUUCUUGCCAUUCUUGUGCUUGGUGGAUUCGUCUUAUCACGUGAUGACAUAAAAAGCUACUGGGCGUGGGGUUACUGGCUUUCACCUCUGAUGUAUGGGCAAACUGGCUUGGCUGUCAACGAACUCCUUGGGAAGAGUUGGAAACAGGUUUUACCGAACUCCACAGAAACAGUAGGUGUUGCUGUCCUAAAGUCCCGUGGACUAUUUGCAGAACCAAAAUGGUAUUGGAUCUCAGUAGGUGCUUUAGUUGGAUAUGUGUUCCUCUUCAAUAUCUUCAAUGUUUUGGCUCUCACAUACCUGAACCCCUUUGGGACGCCUCAGGCAAUUCUGUCUGAAGAAACAUUGGCGGCAAGAAAUGCUAUAAAAUCAGGAGAUCCAAUCGAGUUAUCAGAAACAAAAAAUGAAGUUCAAAGAAGUGUAUCAUCAAGGUCAAUGUCAUCAAGAGUAGGCACUGUAGUUGAAGGAGAAAAAAAAAAGAAGCGCGGGAUGGUUUUACCUUUUGUUCCCCUUUCCCUAACAUUUGAUGAAAUCAGAUAUGCAGUGGAUAUGCCUCAGGAAAUGAAAGCACAAGGUGUUGCGGAAGACCAACUAGAACUAAUAAAGAAUGUUAGUGGUUGUUUUAGGCCGGGAGUUCUCACAGCUCUAAUGGGAAUCAGUGGUGCUGGAAAGACCACUUUAUUGGAUGUCUUAGCCGGGCGCAAGACAGGAGGGUACAUACAGGGGACGAUCAGUAUCUCUGGUUACCCAAAGAAGCAAGAAACAUUUGCUCGCAUAGCAGGAUAUUGUGAGCAAACCGACAUCCACUCCCCAUAUGUCACAGUCUUUGAGUCCUUGCAAUAUUCUGCAUGGCUAAGGUUACCUCCUGAAGUUGAUUCAGCAACCAGAGAGAUGUUUAUUGAGGAGGUCAUGGAGCUUGUGGAACUCAAUACACUUAGUGGGGCACUGGUGGGAUUACCUGGUGUGAAUGGGCUUUCAACUGAGCAGCGAAAGAGGCUGACAAUUGCAGUUGAGCUAGUGGCAAACCCAUCUAUAAUUUUUAUGGAUGAACCCACAUCAGGAUUGGAUGCAAGAGCAGCUGCAAUAGUCAUGAGAACGGUGCGAAACACAGUUGACACAGGUAGAACAGUGGUUUGCACCAUACAUCAGCCAAGCAUCGACAUCUUUGACGCUUUUGACGAGCUAUUUCUUUUGAAACGAGGAGGAGAAGAAAUAUAUGUUGGUCCAUUAGGCCGUCAUUGUUCUCAACUGAUCAAGUACUUUGAGGAUGUGGAUGGAGUGAAUAAGAUUAAAGAUGGUUACAAUCCAGCAACUUGGAUGUUGGAAGUGACCUCUGGAGCACAAGAAGCAGCUUUAGGUGUUGACUUCGCUCAAAUUUACAAGAACUCGGAAUUAUACAGGAGAAAUAAGGAGUUGAUACACAUAAAUAGUCAGCCUAUACCUGGUUCCACUGAUAUACAUUUCCGUACUCAAUAUUCACAAUCAUUUUGGACACAAUGUAUAGCAUGUCUAUGGAAACAAAAUUGGUCGUAUUGGCGAAACCCGCCCUACACUGCAGUCAGAUUCCUUUUCACGACAUUCAUAGCCAUAAUGUUUGGCACAAUUUUCUGGAAUAUGGGUUCCAAAAGGGAAAAGAAACAAGAUCUUUUUAAUGCAAUGGGUUCUAUGUAUGCUGCUGUAACAUUUAUUGGGGUACAAAAUGCUGUUUCAGUACAGCCUGUUGUUUCCAUUGAGAGAACAGUCUUUUACAGGGAAAGAGCUGCUGGGAUGUACUCGGCUUUCCCAUACGCCUUUGGACAAGUUAUGAUCGAGAUACCAUACAUUUUUGUUCAAACGAUUGUCUAUGGCAUUAUUGUAUACGCGAUGAUUGGAUACGAGUGGUCGGUUGUGAAGCUAUUUUGGCAUCUCUUCUUUAUGUACUUCACAUUGCUGUACUUCACAUUUUAUGGGAUGAUGACCGUAGCAGUCACCCCUAACCACAAUAUCGCAGCUAUAAUCUCAUCUGCUUUUUUUGCAUUAUGGAACCUAUUCUCGGGAUUCAUUAUUCCACGCACGAGGAUACCCAUUUGGUGGAGAUGGUACUACUACAUCUGCCCUGUUGCUUGGACACUAUAUGGCUUAGUUGCUUCACAAUUUGGAGAUAUGUCAGACAAACUAGAAUCAGGGGAAACGGUUUCCGACUUCAUCAACAGUUACUUUGGGUUUGAACAUGCCUUUGUAGGUUAUGUUGCAAUAAUCAUCGUUGGAUUUACUGUCCUUUUCGCAUUCAUUUUUGCAUACUCCAUCAAGGCAUUUAACUUCCAAACACGGUAACACAAAUAUACUUAUAGCCAUUGAGACCAUACUUCAAUGAUUGCUUAGAUCACCAGCGGCACAACUAGCAAUGAGUAAUUUAUUUCUUAUUGUCAUAUUGUAUCCGGUAGAUAAUUUUAGUGACAAACUGAGGAUUGAAUCAAGAGAAUCAUUUGUAGUAUCAUGUAUGGAUAACUUGUUUAUUCAACAAUAAUAUAAAGGUCAAAAUAAUGUAGACUUGACACACUAACUUCCUAUAA